AGAUGCUGUGCCGGCUGAGCGUUAGGUGGCUGCAGCCGCGGCCUGCCCUGCAGCUCCGGGGCUUGGGCCCACCGGUCGUACCGGCCCCCACCGGCGGCGCCAAGCCCUCCGCUCUGCCAUUGUGGGCGGUGGCAUCAGUCUCUGCAGUUGGCCCGAGCGGCGCGGGUGGCUGGUAUGAAGCCCUGGCUACGUCGGCGCCGGUGCAGGGCGCCGAGGACGUACUGCUCUUUGCGCACACCGCCUCGGGCCUGCCCUGGUGGGGCAGCAUUCUCCUCACCACCGUGGCCCUGCGCGGCGCUGUCACGCUGCCCCUGGCCGCCUACCAGCACUACAUCCUGGCCAAGGUGGAAAAUUUGCAGCCAGAAAUAAAAAACAUUGCAAGGCACCUUAACCAAGACGUUGCAGUUCGUGCAAAUCAGUUGGGGUGGUCCAAAAGAGCUGCCAGGCUCACUUAUCUAAAGACUAUGCGGAGGCUUGUUUCAGAGCUGUAUGUUCGGGAUAACUGCCACCCUUUCAAAGCCACUGUGUUGGUCUGGAUUCAGCUUCCAAUGUGGAUAUUUGUGUCUGUUGCUCUCCGGAAUUUUAGCACAGGGGCAACACAUUCAGAAGCAGGUUUUUCUAUUCAGGAGCAGUUAGCUACUGGUGGGGUCCUAUGGUUUCCUGACCUCACUGCCCUGGAUUCCACUUGGAUUCUGCCUGUCUCCAUUGGUGUCAUCAACUUAUUAAUAGUGGAGAUUUUUGCUCUGCAAAAAAUUGGAAUGUCUCGUUUCCAGACAUAUAUUACGUACUUUGUUCGUGCACUAUCAGUGUUGAUGAUUCCAGUUGCAGCAACAGUACCUUCAUCGAUUGUUCUCUACUGGUUAUGUUCCAGCCUCAUGGGCCUUUCACAGAACUUGCUGCUGCGUUCUCCUAGAUUUCGCCAACUUUGUCGAAUACCGUUGACCAAGUCAGAUUCAGACACUCCUUAUAAAGACCUCUUUGCUGCCUUUUACACCAAGUUCAUUUCAAGAAAAUGACAUACUUUCUAGUAAUUUUGAACCAAUUACAAGUUUCA